AUGACAACUCACAGCCGUUCCGAUUCAGAAAAGUCCAAUUUGGAAAAGACAGUGGAAGAUCAUAGUGUUACUCUGUUGAAGGUUGAUGCGUUUAUGCAGAAGUCUGAGCAAACUUUUGCAAACUUGAAUGCCAAUGUUCAAGCGAUUUUGGCAAAAUUGAAUGGAGAAUCGAUCAGUAAAACAGUCAAUAAUACAGGGUUUGAUCUGAAUAAUGCAAUAGAAAUGAAAGAUUACACAGAAUUGGAAAGACUGAUUUUCCAAAACGAGACUCCAGAGAAUUUCAAGGUACGUUACGCUGCUAUUCAUCUUGAAGGAAAAGCAGUAAAGUGGCAUCAAGCUUUCUUGAAGACCAAACCGGUGCCAAUUUCACAAAUAACCUGGAAAGAGUAUUCAGAAGCCAUUGUUUCUCGAUUCUCAUCAGUUCUGUUUGAAGAUGCUAUGGGUACACUCACUUCUCUGUCACAAACAGGAUCCUUAGAAGACUUUUGUGACCAAUUUGAUGCUUGUCUUCUUAAGGUGACGAUACCGGAAUCAUAUGCUGUUAGUAUCUUCUUAAAGGCGAUUAAACCGGAGAUUGGUGGACCAAACACGACGAAUACAUCAGUGGCUAGCAGCAGGUAUAAUUCUAGUAGUCAUUCUAGUGCUAAUAAGAAUGGUAGCUAUGUGAAACCGCCUGUGAAUGUUACCCAUCUACCUUUAUUACCAGCCCCACCUGCUACUAAGAAAUUGCAAAACACUAAACAAAUAUCUAGUAAGGAAAUAGAAGCAAAAAGAGCUAGGGGAGAAUGCUUUUGGUGUCCAGAGAAGUUUACACCUGGACACAAGUGUCCCAAUAAACAAAUAUUUGUUUUGGAGGUAAUUGGUAUAGAUGAGGAUAGUGAUAAGUUGGAAGUGGUAGAACAUAUUGCACAUAUUAAACCUCAUGAUUGGCCUGAUCCUCAUAUAUCGAUACAUGCAUUAACUGGAAUGCAAGCCUUUUCUACGAUGAAAGUUCUGGGUACAAUAGGUAAUAUACAACUUAGGAUAUUGAUUGAUUUGGGUUCAACCCAUAAUUUCCUGAGUGAAAGAUUGGCAAAGAAGUUGAAGUGUCAUUUGAAGUCAAUUGAUAAAAUGACAGUUGGGGUGGCUAAUGGAACUGAGAUUAAUUGUACAAACUAUUGUCCUAAUUUUCAGUGGUAUAUGCAGAAUUUAUGGUUGACAACUGAUGUUUUGGUAAUUCCAUUGGACAAUUAUGACAUGGUAUUGGGGGUUCAAUGGUUGUUAACCUUGGGGUCCAUUAUAUGGAAUUUUGUGGAUAUGACAAUGCAAUUCAACAUUGGUAAUACUCAGUGUAAACUCAAAGGGGUUAACAACAAUGAAAUGACUUUGUGCUCCGUAAGUUCUAUGAACAGCCUGUUAGGUCAAGAAAAGAAAGUGGUAGAGGCUCAUUUGUUCAGUAUGCAGCUGCAAUCAGCUGAGAGUGAGUUCCAACAUGGGACCAAGGUCUUAAAUGUGAUAGAAAGUAAAGAUUUGCAAGCAUUAUUAACUGAGUAUGAAGAUGUCUUUCAAGUUCCUUCUGCCUUACCGCCAAAAAGGGAGUUUGACCAUAGAAUUUUAUUAAAGGAUGAAGCUAAAGUGGUGAAUUUGAAGCUUUAUAGAUAUCAGUCCACUCAAAAGGAUGUUAUAGAACAGUUAACUAAGGAAUUAGUAGAGACAGGUGUGGUGAGGGGCAGUUCUAGUCCAUUUGUUGCACCAGUGGUUUUGGUUAAAAAAAAGAUGGGUCUUGGAGAUUCUGUAUUGACUACAGGAAGCUCAAUGAGGCAACUAUUAAGAAUAGCUAUCCAAUUCCACUAG